AUGUUGGUGAUUGGUCUUGUUGUAUUGUCUUGUGUAGUUUGUGUGAAGACAGCUGAGCCCGUAGUUAGUUGCAGGUUUCCAACCCUCAACUAUCAGUACCGGAACAAUCAUCUGCGUCAAGAUGGCGGCCUUUGUUUCGAAAUAACUCCAUGGCAGCAUCAGCCUGUUGUGUUGGAGGAUCAUAUUACGUACUUAAGACAGAGAUGGAACUCUGUGCUUCGAAGGCAGCUCAGGUCUCAAUCAUUAGCGUUAGCUAAUAGUGAACUUUCCCGGUAUAUGGAUACAGUGCUUGCCCCCUUCUUGGAUACAUACCACAGGAAUAUACAAAACUCAUACCAACAGUUGACUGGUAAAAUACUGCGUAGAAUCAAGGAUGAGAUUAACGCUGCCAUACAAAAGAAACAACACAUGUAUCAAGAGCUAACGCAGCUUGCCGACGAGCUUAAAGUGCCACCUAUGUGUGAUGAAGAACGGCGUGCAUCACGUACCACAGCGAGCAAGCAUCUAGCUUCUAUAUACGCCUGCACUGAAGAAGCACGCAUCUCCAUCGCUAAAAUGGGGAAGUACGCUGAAGAAAUGAUAGGUAUCACGAGGAACCACAUGCAAGCAACCCUGGUAGAUGCUACGAGAGUAUUUGAAAUCUCUGGGAGUCAAAGAAGGACAUUGGAAAAUACAAAUGUUUCAACCUGUCUUCAAGAGCUAUCUAAAGCAGCGGUUAUCCUGGGUUACGAGCUGGAUUUGAGUUUAACCAACGCAAGGCGACACAACGAACAGUCAUGCGAACGCUUAACUACUUGCACCUCCAAGGCAAGAAAGCGUACUGAAGAACUAUUUAGUGCUUUAAGGGAUGAGAUAUACCAGUGUGUAUACGCUUGA